AAGAUUGGUUCCUAUGGUUUUAGUGCAUAUGGGAGAGCCAGAUUUACUUAGGGUCUUUUUAUAACUAUUGAAAUUGUGCUUAAUAUGUAAUGUUAUGCUCUGUUACACCUCUUACUCUUUCUGUUCAUAGAGGAAAAUAAUGCAUUAUCCAUUCUCUAAAGUACCCAUAUACUUUCAACAAUUUAUCCAUCACCCAGAAGGCGACAGACACUGCAGAGACCUUGAGGUGCUCACAUUCUAGUUUGGAAAAAACAAGUAGACAACUUCAACAAAACCUACCAAGUGCUGCAGUCAUGAGUAACCUGAUACACUACCUGGGCCUCAGCCAUCAUCUGCUCGCACUGAACUUUAUCAUCGUUUCUUUCGGCAAGAAAAGUGCAUGGUCAUCUACUCAAGUGAAGGUGACCGACACUGACUUUGAUGGCGUGGAAGUCAGAGUGUUUGAAGGCCCUCCAAAGCCAGAAGAGCCGCUGAAACGCAGCGUUGUUUACAUCCACGGAGGAGGCUGGGCCCUGGCAAGCGCAAAAAUCAGGUAUUAUGAUGAACUGUGUACAGCAAUGGCUGAGGAAUUGAAUGCUGUCAUUGUCUCCAUUGAAUACAGGCUGGUUCCAACGGUUUAUUUUCCUGCGCAGAUUCAUGAUGUUGUACGUGCCACAAAGUAUUUCCUGCAGCCGGAAGUCUUACACAAAUAUUCAGUUGACCCGGGCAGAAUUGGCAUUUCUGGUGACAGUGCUGGUGGGAAUUUGGCCGCUGCCCUGGGCCAACAGUUUAAUCAAGAUGACCACCUAAAAAACAAGCUCAAAGUGCAAGCUUUAAUUUACCCAGUUCUUCAAGCACUAGAUUUUAACACACCCUCUUAUCAGCAAAACAUGAACACCCCAAUCCUACCCCGCUAUGUCAUGGUCAAGUACUGGGUGGACUACUUCAAGGGCAACUAUGAUUUUGUCCAGGCAAUGAUAGUUAACAAUCACACUUCACUUGAUGUGGAAGAGGCUGCUGCCCUCAGGGCCCGUCUAAACUGGACAUCUCUCUUGCCCGCUUCCAUCACAAAGAACUACAAGCCUGUCGUGCAGACCACCGGCAACGCCAGGAUUGUCCAGGAGAUCCCUCAGCUGCUGGAUGCCCGUUCGGCCCCACUCAUCGCAGAACAGGAAGUCCUACAGCACCUCCCAAAGACCUAUAUUCUGACCUGUGAGCAUGAUGUCCUAAGAGAUGAUGGAAUCAUGUAUGCCAAGCGUUUGGAGAGCGCAGGUGUGGAGGUGACCCUUGAUCACUUUGAGGAUGGCUUCCAUGGGUGCAUGAUUUUCACCAGCUGGCCCACCAACUUCUCAGUGGGAAUUCGGACUAGGAAUAGUUACAUCAAGUGGCUGGAUCAAAACCUGUAAAAGAGUCAAAUUUCCAAAAGGCUUGAGCCCCUCUUUACCUCUUGCACUGGCUUUGGAAAGACAUUCACUUUUUAGUCGACUGAUUUCCCCUUGUUACUUGUGAGUUACAGAAUCUCUAUUUCCUGCAGACUUUAUGUUCACUUAAUUUUUAAACAUAAUUCUGACUAACAUAAGUGCAAAAACAUCUGAAUCUAGUUCUCUAAGUGGGCCAGUCUCUCUGUUCUUAUUGUUUUAGCCAAACUACUGCUAAUAACUCACAGCAGCAGAAAGCAGAGCUAGGCGCUGGAAAUAGCUCUGGUCUUGCCUCCAUCAAGACGUUCUUUUUAGAAGAAAUUCUUCCAGCUGUGGAUGAUAGCGUGCCCUUUAAUGAGUAAAGAAAUUGUGAGCUCUUCAACUUGUUAGAGUUUACUUUGAGUUCAGAGCAGUGCUAAAUGUGUGCACUUUAAGGUCAGUGCUGGGUACCAAGUGCCCUCUGUUCUUUAUGGCUGCAUGGCUUUAUUUCCUAUGGGAAUUUUGGCGAAGGUAUUCUAGCAAGGAUAAGUUUCUCAAAUGACUUUCUUCCUUUAGUGUGUUAAUUUUGUGUGAUAGCUGUCUGUAAGUCCAAAUGGAUUAUGAUAAUCUUGAAGGUUACUUUCUACCACUAUUAGAAACUACGAGGUUGCAUGCACUGGGUAUCUUGUGUAUCAUUACGUUUUUUGGUUAUGCUGUCUCCUUUGGGGAGAUCUUUUGGGAGCAAAUUUAUUUAGAUUUAGAAUAAAUUUUCCAUUGCAGAACAAGUGAAAACAGAGAAAUGAACCAACCCAUUUUUUCAUAAUGAGUACUUCUGACAUAAAUUACCAAGAGUGGUGUGUAUAUAUUUGGCAUAGCCAGAAAAGACGAUAUGCUUAAUAUUAAAAUUAUGAAAAAAAUACCUUUAGAGGAUCUAGUUUAUUCUUGAAAACUCAACUUUUUCACUUACAUGGCUUUAAAAUGGGGCUAUUUUGGUAUAUAUAAUGUAUUGUUUAUUUUUUAAGUUAUUUAAAGUUAAUAUAUAUAUAGCUAGACAAGAUUUUUUUUCAGAAUAUAAAGUCAGUAAUGAAUAUUAAAAAUAAUGAUAUUUUUUAAAAACUAGCUUAGGUUAUAAAAAACUACUUUAGAAUUAUAUCCACAUGUAAUUUUAUGGAAAGAGGUAAAAUAGCUAUUAAUAUUAAUAUACAUAAAGCCUAAAUAUUUUGAUGUUUAUAUGCAUAUACAAAUUAAAAUAAUUAGAAACUCUGACUACAUCUAGUAAAGUCAUCUCAGCUUAUAGUUCAGUAGCUUAGACAAAACACACACUGGUCACUUCUGCUCUCUGUGGUUGGCGGAACUACUUUAUACCCUUCUGGGUGACACCUUCAUUAUCUCCUUCCAGCUAGGUCUAAAGUUACCAUAGAUCAAGCUUAAUUUCAUGGGAAGCCUUCACUGCCAGUGGGAACAUCUUUGGCAGAGCAAGAAACUCCAAUUCUGAUUUGAGUCAAGCACCUUUGCCCUCCUUCCUGCACUUCCUACUGUCCCAAUCCAUGCUGCUUUCAGGGACCACAGAGAGCAGGCGAACAGCCAUGUCAUGAUAGGAUAAAUUCAUCAGUGGAGGGAAAGUAGAACCUUUCCGCUCAUUUGAAAGAUGAGUAUUUGCCACUUAUGGGGAUGAAAUAACAAAUGAAAAUCUGCAUAUUUAUUUUUUAUUUAUCGUAUAGGCCAGGAGCAUUUUAUGUACAAAACCGAAGUAAAUGCGACAGUGAGUGUAAGUGUGUGUCUGUGUGUAUAUAAAAAUAAUCAUGCAAAUUAACAUGCUAAGGUACUCAGGAAAGUCACCAUCUCCAAGCCUCUUUUCCCUUUCCUCUAAAAUCAGAGAAUUGAAUUACUUCAUCUUUGAGGUCUCUUGCAAUUAUAAAUUUCCAGCCAUUUUGUCAGACUGGCAAGUUGUAUUGGCCUCUUCUUCAGCAGUGUUUUUUUAAUAGGUCCUUAUUCCAUAUAUACAGACAGAUGCAAGAUAAAUUUUUUUUUCUAAAAAACUGGAAUUUUAGUUCUUAUUCUGACAGCUACCCUCCUUACUUAAUAGUAUUCUUUCUGAUACCAUUUGUAGGAACCAAUGUUUGGACCUUAUUUUGAGGUUAUCUACCUCUAAGAAAGCAAAGAAAAUAUAAUACGUGCAAAGAAUUCCUUAAAAUGGCAUUUUUUUCCCCACCAGAAUUGUGACCCAAACCUUAUAGUAAUUACAGACAAUGAGUGACUCUAGAAUCUGGAGGACUCUCUCGGGUGAAAGGGAGUGGAAGAAGAAAGGGGCCAAGCACUGUUUCUGACGAAGUGCCUGAGUUUCAUUAAAGCUUUUAUGUGUAUGAUAAAGAUAUGCACUUUGUCCCACCUCAGGCCUUGGUUGAAGGUCUUCCUUGAAAUUUUCCUUGGAAUAAUAACAAUUGGGAAUUAUGAUAUGCAAAACCCACUAGAUACAAGGCUGGUGAAACCAACCAAAAAUCAGAAUGCUAGGAACUCCUUUGGGAACCUACAGAGUGUAUGUUGAAGAUAUUUUGGUUUUCUCUUAAUUUUUGUUCUUAUAAAAAAAAGUGUAUGCUCUGCAGACUGAUUUCUUUUCUUAAUGUUAUGCCUUUGUUUUGUUUUCCUAUUUUAAGAAAAAGUGGAUGGUCUUUUUGUAAUAUUGUUUGUGAAAUAUGAACAUAAAUAUAUGAAGAAAAAUCUUGAAGUGCAAAAUAUAGUGGAGUGUAAAUCAGUGUUUUAUCAUUGAUUUGUGAAACAGUUAAGACUAUUGUAUAAUUAUCUUAAUGGGUAUAAUAUCUUAUGCAUGACCUUUUAACCUUUGACUUUUUGCUUAUUUCCCACUGCAAAGGGGAAGGCAGGUUUUAUGAAGGAUUUCGGUAGCCAGUCUAUUUUAUAAGAUGAAAAUCCAGUUGGAGGUAGGAAAGUAUCAGUCUGUUUUGAUUCAUGUUUGUAAAUAAAAUGACUCCAUCGGGAAA